UGUAAGCAUUAUAAAUGUUAGUGGUCAAUUUACAUUACGAGUCAAACAGUCGUCUUUUUUAUUUUAGAACGAACCAUUAAUAAAUUAUUGUUGUAUUUUUAUAAUUUUUUACUUUUAAUAAUAAAUAUUUUUUAAAUUAUUUUUAACAAUAUUAAUUUUUGAAAUGGUGAUAAAAGUAAUCAUCAUUGGAGCGGGAGUUGGUGGCACGGCCUCUGCAGCCCGACUUAGUAAAAAAGGAUUUCAAGUGAACGUCUACGAAAAAAACUCCUACAACGGCGGUAGAUGUUCAUUGAUCAAACAUAAUGGUCAUCGGUUUGACCAAGGGCCGUCUCUGUACUUGAUGCCUAAAAUAUUUGAAAAAACUUUUAACGAUUUGGAAGAAGAUGUUUAUAAUCAUAUAGAACUAUUAAAAUGUCCAUCCAACUAUAAUGUCUCUUUUCCUGACGGAAACCACUUCGAACUAACAACUGAUAUGUCAAAAAUGAUAAAAUGUUUGGAAAAAUACGAAGGUGCUGGAGAAGAUACUAUGUUGCGAUUUUUAAAUUAUUAUAAAGAAAUACAUGUGCAUUAUCAUAGAAGCAUCAAAUUAUCGUUGGAAAAUAAUUUUCAACACUGGUAUAACUUAUUCCACCCCAAACACAUUCCAGACAUAUUGAAACUUCAUUUAUUAGAUGUAUCUAAUACAGUUUAUAAAAGGGCAUGUAAAUAUUUUAAAAGUGACUACAUGAGAAGAGCAUUUACGUUUCAAACAAUGUAUUUGGGAAUGUCACCUUACGACGGGUUAGCCCCUUAUAGCCUAUUGCAGUAUACAGAAUUGGCCGAGGGAAUUUGGUAUCCAAAAGGAGGUUUUCACAAAGUCAUUGAAAGCUUGGAGAGCAUAGCUGUCAAACACGGGGCCAAGUUCAACUACAACAGCGACGUCCAGGAAAUUAUCGUCAACGAUCAAGGUGAAGCAAAGGGAAUAAAGCUAAGCAAUGGUGAAGUAAUUGAGAGUGACAUUGUAAUUUGCAACGCUGACUUGAUCUAUGCGUACAACAAUUUGCUGCCAAAAACAAAGUACGCUAAAAAACUUGGAAGGGAAGAACUUACUUCUUCUUCAAUAUCCUUUUACUGGUGUAUGAAUACAAUUGUCUCCCAAUUUCAAGUACACAACAUAUUUUUGGCUGAAGAUUAUAAACAAAGUUUUGAUCAAAUAUUCAAGGACCACACUUUGCCCGACGAGCCUUCUUUUUACAUAAACGUACCCAGUAGAAUCGACCCAACUGCAGCACCGGAAGGUAAAGAUACGGUCGUGGUUUUGGUUCCGGUUGGACAUUUAUCCGACAAGAUUAUUGACUUUGAUGAACUGGUAAAUCGAGCUCGAAGCCAUAUUAUUGAAACGAUUGAGAAAAGAUUCAAGAUAUCUAAUUUCAGUAGUAUGAUCGAACAUGAGAUAGUUAACGAUCCCAGAACGUGGAAAAAAGAGUUUAACUUGUGGAAAGGAUCCAUAUUAGGACUAUCCCACAAAAUGUUUCAAGUAUUAUGGUUCCGGCCUAGUUUACAGUGCAAAAUAUUCAAAAAUUUAUACUUUGUUGGUGCUUCCACACAACCCGGAACUGGUGUACCAAUUGUUCUAUGUGGAGCUAGACUGUUGGAAAAACAAUUAACCGAUCGAUUUUUUCCAAAUAAACAAAUAACUAAAAAGGAACCAUUGUUUAAUAUCACUACAUUGUUAAUAGUCUUUUUGACAGUACUAUAUUGGUUUAUUACCUAUGUUUUUAAAUAGAAUAUAUAUUUAAUGAGAUAACCAUUUGGUAUAAUGUACUUAGAGAAACAAUAUAAAAUGUCCCUCAAAAUAUCAUAAGUAAUUAAAAUAUCGUUUAAAAAAAUUACAAAUGUGAAAAUUGAACUUUAUUAAAUUAUUUGUGGUAUGUAUUAUACAUUAUUGUUUGUAACCAUAAUUUAUAAUUUUAUUGACUGAAAGGUUGACGAUUUAAUCUUUAUAAUAAUAAAAUAACGACCACCUUUGCUACUUAACUCUUUAUAACUCUCAAGAUAAAUAUUGUCGUUGACCAUUUUUUUAUAAUUAUAAUUUAUGAGUAAUAAGUUGAUUAAUAUAUAUAUUUUUUCUGUAUUGUGUCAUUUUAAACUGAAAUUUUCACAGUUUUAUUAUCUAUAAGAAUUAUUUUUAUUUCUGUAUUGCAGCUAACUGUUAAAUUACACUACCUAUCUAACUUUUUUACGUAU